AUCUCUCUAAGUGGGAACGCAUCGCUCACCACUAACUGCAGUUAGUCUUCCCAUAAUGCACUAAGUACAUGUAAUCAUUCCUAAACUAAAUUUACCAGAAGCGAUAAUUAUUUUCGAAGAAAACACCACCUGAAGUGCAUAUUCUGGAAUGAUACUUUUCCCCGUGUGACCGGUGAAGAUUUAGAGCUUACAUUACAUUAACAUGAUUUUAGCCGUUAGAAAUGAAUAAUUCAACCAUUAGUAGCGAGGAAGGAUACUAUUACGCCUCUGAAGUUACGAAACGUCUUCGUGCGGCAUUCACACUGGCUUGGGGAAAAGAAAAAUUGAAAAGGAAUGACUGCGAGGAACCAAUCGAUCAUCAGGACAUGUACGUGUUCCUGCUCGUUCCAGCAGUGCUGAUUGUAACAAUUUUAUUUGUCUCAAAGACUCGAGCUGUAGGGAGAGUUUUACGCGGAAGUCGUCUCACAAGAAAGCCUAAGGAUGUGUUUGGGUCGGACCGAUUUUCCUUUGCCGCCACGUUUGGUGCUCUGACGUUCCUCUGCUUUGAGAUAGCUGUCAAACGGCAAUAUGUCGUGCGAAAUGCCAACGGCGGCCCUUUGAAUAUACAAAUAUUGGGAGCCGUCGUAUCCAUCAUUGUGUACACGCUGGAUUAUUUCCCCUUGUUGACUGCCCUGGCAGACAAGACAGCGUUGGGGGACGUGCUGGGAACAGCAUACAUCUGGACAAUGACCUCCAUGUACUUAAUCCAGAGACUUGGAUGUUACGGAGAAGAGGGAAGAAGACUGUUACUAUUUAUACAAAACAUUCCCAUCAUCAUGUACAUGGUGUUCCUGAGUGUCAGCUUUCCCGCGAGAAUGAUUCUGUCCGCCCGGAAAAUCCUGAAAAAUGUAGUUGGAACGUAUGAAGAAUUUUCUGCCCAGGAGACGGACAAUAUUCGGAGAACGCCGCAGGGGAGAUACGUACAUAGGCUUCUCAGGACAAGAUCGAAACCGAGGCUGAAAAACAAACUUAUUAUUAUUGGUGAUAACUCGGUUGGAUACAGAUUGAAAAAAUUUGCAGAGGAGGUCAGACUUAGAUUGACAUACAGAAACUUUCCAGAAUUCCGCUAUUCACUGCGUAUGAUAGGAGUAGUGGUCGUAGGAAUGCUGCUUAUAUACAUGAUGUCUGCGGAGGUUCUUCUGACCCUGAUUCCACUCCUGUCCCACAUAAAACUGGAGAUCUGGAGGAAAAUCUCGGUGAUUGAACACUUCUCAGAAGUACAUAGUUCCCACGUCAACUUUACCAUCACCGUUCUCUUUGUCACGCGAGACGUGACCGCGGCCAUUCAAGUUUGUGCCAUCUUGUCAGCAUGCCUUGCGUUCUGUAUCGGUCUUCUGAACAUCAUUCACACGCUGACCUCAUACAGACAAUAUCUGAUGGAGCUCUAUCGAGGGGACAAUUCAAACAUCCCGAGGCGGGAAAACCAAGACAAUACAGACAUUCUGGUCGGAAGUAUGCAGUUCGCAGGAUAUCAAAUAGGAUUUGCCAUUUUUGCAUACAUGGUGCAGAUUACGAUUUUGUUUUUCUCAUCAUUCGGAAUAGCCUUGGUUAUCAUCAUUAUAAAAUACAACCGAGAGGAGCCGAUUCGGCAAGUUGUUAUAAUGAUAUGGCCAAUGGUUGUUUUCUCAAUCCUGGUUCGACUUCUUCAAAUCGUCACCGCCAAAUUUAUUUUCCUGCAGGACAGAGGGCGAGUAAUGGCAAUACGAUACCGGCGGAGCUACCUUUUGUUCCUGUAUUUCACGUUCAUUCUGGACAUUAUAAUCGGCUCCAUGCGGUGUCCGUAUCGUCUCCUGAAAGCAGUGACCUUAGGAUCACUAACCCUGUCCAGACUUGACCACAGCGCUUUGUCCAGAAAGUUUGAGACUUUAGACACCGGUUUUCGGGCAUAUGUAGGAUUUUUACAUUUUGAAAAUGUGACAUCACAUCCAGUUUUAUUAACGUUUGUUCGUCUGCUGUUGGCGAGACCAGGCGGAUUUGAACCACCCAGACGAUUACAAGCCAGCGUUAAAGCUUCUGUGUCCCAAGGAGACGUUUGCAUAACUGAACUGGGGAGUGCAUUUUGGAGGGACAAUCAACUCUCAAGGAAAGCCAGGGCAAGACAUCGCUGGCAUCUUCUUUACACAUUACACAAAAAUCCAGAGUUGCAAUUUCUAAGGAGAAACUCAUAUGAUUGGUUGGAAGACUAGCACAAAGUGACUCCCAUGGUUAGUUGGAAAACUAGUACUUAAGACCUCGUGAUUGGUCAAAAGACUAGAACAAAGAAACACAUAUGAUUGGUCGACAGAUAAACACAACAACCAUAAAGAUGAUUGGUUGGAAGACCAGUACAAAGAACGGUUGGAUUGAAGACUGGCACAGAGACCUUGUUUAAUCAUUUAAAAUCAAAUUGGAAUAAUGAACUUAGAUUAGUAGCUGUGUACAGUUGACUGUAACACAGUAAUAUAUGACACCCCCCUCUAAAUCUAAAUAAUAUUAAAAAACAUGAAAAAGUACAAAAUUACGUCAAAUACUGAAAUAAGUCCAGAGAUAUUCAAUUACGACUUUGUAAAUGUGUUGUACAACAAGUGUUUAAUAAAUCUUAUCUAUACAA